GGAUGAGGAGCACCGACAGGAGCGUUAACACCGCCCCCACGACGCCUAAAACACCGCCCUGCCUCACUUCUCCACCUGCACACACCGACAGAGGCAGUUAAACCAGGCUUCGCCUUCAGCUAAUCACGGGCUGUUUGUGAAAGCAGAAGCUCCUGCGCCGUGCAGGUGGAUGUCGGCCUGCCGGCCCGCAGCCCCCGUUCGCCAUGGCAGCGGCUCUGCCGGAGUGUUACCACGGUGGCAUAACCAAGAAGGAGUGUGAGGAGGUUCUGGGGAAGAAGAACAAGGACGGAGCGUACCUGAUCCGAGAGAGCGAGACCAUCCAGGGAGCGCUGUGUCUCUGCGUCUACAAACAGAAGGUGGUUUAUACCUACAGAAUCCUCCAGGCGCACAACGGAAACUACACCCUGCUGACAGCAGGAGGUUUGCAGGAGACAUAUUUUAAGACUCUGGCCGAUUUAAUCCGUAACUACAAGAGGAAGAACCAAGGUCUGGCCAUUCAUCUGCGCCACUCGGUGAAAAAGAAAACGCCCAUGUUGAUCCAGCCGCCGAGGAGACCAGAAACACAACCUGAAGCUCCGGCCACACCGCCAGCCAGAAGAUCGGCUGGAAGAUCGGCCGCAGCGUCAGCCAGAGGAUGGGGCGGCGCGUCGGGCGGACACUCAUUGCAGAGAGGAGCUGCUCCUUUACCUGAAGAGGAAAAUGAUUAUGAGAAUGAUCCAAAUUCAGAUUAUGUGGAAGUUAUUCCAGAUUAACUCAAGCCAACCUCAAACCGAAGGACAACAAGAACACAGACUGAACUUUGUUUGGCAUUAGAGAUGUUUUAUUUUUUUAUGCGAAGCCCUGAGGAGAUUUGUUGCAUUUGCACAAUUUAGGUAAAAAAGACUGAAAAGGUGAGCUAAUGCAAAAUGAGUUUCCUCCCAGCUAUUGACUCUGAAUGAGAGGAUGAACUUCUUCUCACCUCAUUCCUGUGAGCGCAGAAGAGGAAGAAAGAGGAAGAGGAGGAGAAGUACUGCUCUGAAAUCACAAAAGUUGUAUUUAGUUUGACAUUUUGUUUUACUCCUGGCAGUCGAAACCUUGAUAUUUAAUAUUCAUUUCAUUUUAGUAAUACAGACAUUUUUGUGCUGUUUGUUCUGAUGUUCAUAAAAUAAAUCUUAUCUGAACGUCAUUAAAGGGUCAUAAUCUGUAAAACGCAACAGAAUAUCUGCAAGAAUUUAGAUUCCUUCUUUCAACACUAAGAAGGGCAAGAAGGACGUCAAGUGAUCAAUAAAACAUUUUCUCAUAAGUGAGAUAAUCUGCCAGAGGAACGAGAACUUUAUUGACUUAAAAUAAGCUCCUAUAUCGUAAUCAAAAGUUACUUGUAAAUUAGUUUUGUCUUGUUUCAAGUGUAUGAAGAUCAUAAACUAAACCAAACCAUGUUUGGUUACCAAACUAAAGAUACUUGGUAACAUUUUGUGUUUUUGCAGUGUGCUUCUGACAGCAGCUCAGGACAUUUCCCAACGAUGAAACAGAAACCUCGGGAAGUAAAGUCAGUUUUAAGAGAUUUUAGAUCGUAUCAGCAAACCUGAGGCCCAGAAAUGCAGAAAGAAACAGAAAAAUCAUCAGAAAAAGUUCAGACUGAGGCUGAGGGACGUUUAGCUGAGCGUCUCCAAGAAGGUGGAAGGACAUUUAAAACUUGAUUCAACAAAUAAUUUCUAAAUGUUUUUGUAGAUAUUUUGGGAUUACCACUCUUUUGCCCCACCAAUGUAAGGUUUUAUAGAUAGUUUGUUAUUUUUUUUUCAUGUGCAGAUAUUUUCAGCAGAAAUUUGAGAAAAAUAAUUAUAAGAAUUUGUGUUUUAACAGUGUGAAAAAGAGCUUUGGUACUGCGCAGAAAUUUCCGAUUCGCUUGUAUAGUUUUUGUUUUUUGGUGCAUGGAUUGACAAUUCCACCAAGAUCAUCCAUUGAUUGAAAAAGCAGACAGUCUGAAGGAAGACGACAUCUAGCAUGCAGGAAAAUGUGCCUGAUUUCAGAGAGCCUGUAAAAAGGAGAACUGGAUACAGAAUAAAACAUAUAUGUCUGUUUAAAUGUG